CAUCUAUUAUCAAAAAGUCUUCUCUUCGAGACAUUUUACAAUGUGGAAACAAAUAUGACAGACUUCAUUUUAAAGACAAAUAUGAAGUCCCCGUCCAAGGAAGAUGUUGUUAAGUGCCUUAAGAGUACACCGAAAGGUCGGCUGGUUUACAGGUCUGGUUCAGGAGGAACAUUUGCUCCAGUAUCGAAAUCUUCUAGGCGGGUUAGUCUGACAGACUUUGGGCUUAUUGUUGCUUUGAGUUCCCCGCCCGAUCAAAGGAAUUCAGAAAGCUUAACUUCACUUACUAACACGGAUGGAUAUUGCAACGAUCGUUCUGUGCAAGGAGGCAGUAAUGAAUCAAAAGACAGAGCUAAAGAAAAUGGUCCAAGCAGCUUCAAAAGCAGGAUUGGUCAAGAAAGGACAUUGGCCAGCCAUAAACCAAGAUUGCAUGUUUCAACUCAUGAUGUCAUUGACCUAAUUAACGAAUACAAGCAAGAGUUGGGAGAGAAAGCCAAAAAAGAAACAAAAAUAAUGAAAGAAAAGUUUCUGGCAGGGUUUCAGCAAAUUCAAAAUGAGGUGAAGUGUUCAGAGAUUGAAGCCAAUAGAAUUAAGAUUGCUAAUUUUCAGAGAGAGGCCAAUGAAAUUGAUCAAAUUCUAGCUAGAAAAACUGCAUUAGAAGAAGAAUCUCUUAAAAGUUUGAAAAUGCAACACAAAAGAAGAAGCCUAUCCUUACAGAGCUUUAAUGAAAGCAUUCAAAAGAGGCAAGAAGAAAUUAUAAAACAGAGGGAAGAACAGGAAGAAGCAAAACAAAGAAGAAAGGCACUUAGCCAAAAUAUAGAAAGUCUUUUGUUAAAUAUAAAAAAAUUUUGUUUGGAAAUCAAUGAACAAAUAAAAUGUCACAUAGACAAUGACUAUUUACCAGACGAAAUUAAGAAACUAAGCAAUGAUGCAAUAGCAAUGUUUCAGGCAGCAGCAAAGAGAGCUUCCAGUGCCACUGAAAUGCAAAUCACUUUAGAAGAAACAUGUUCUCAUCUUGAAAAAUUAGCUCAAAGUUUGAAAAUGAUAAAAGACAAAGUUUCAAAGGAAACUGAAAUUGCUGUUGCUAAAAAGAAAGAAGAAGAAAAUAAGAGACAAGCCGAAAAAAAAGAGAAGGAGGCAAAAGAUUUGGAGCAACAGAGACUUGAAAAUAAAAAUAAAAUACAAGAUAGUCAGGUAACUUUGGACUCCUUUGUUGCUGCAGAAGCAUUCAAAGGUUACCAAGAAAUAGUGGAGUUUCAUGGAAUGUUCAAAGCAUCGUAUUCAGCUUUAGUGGAAGGAGCAGACAAGAAAACCUACAGAUUUGAUCUAACAAAGGCAAUAAAUACACCGAUUAAUGCCAUUUCUGAUCAUUCUCCCCACCAUCUUAUGGAUAAGAUUGAAAGACUCACAAAAUUGCUGAAUGGAGAAAUGACAACAGUAGGAAAUAAAAACGUCAGUUGCAAAGAUCAACCAGAGGGACUGGCGUACUGCAAAGACACAAUCGCAAAAAAGCUUGUUCUCCAAGGAACGAGGCAAAUCUCGUCAAGUUUCAAUUCUGCAUUCUCAUUUGGGGCAGUUGCUGUUGGUAUCUGGGCACAAUUUCCUGAAGUUGGAAAGCUGAUGCUGGCACACUUCUACACGACAUGCCCUUACUUGGUACCGUAUUACCUGCACAAAGGACCUGACCAAUCGGUAGCCGAAUACUGCAAGAAGCUAGGAUAUGAAGUAAAUGGUGAAGAUAUUGAAGAUGAGAACACUUAUUUGAAAAAGUUAUCAGGGAUCGUUCGACUGUACGCUGCAAUAUUACAGUCACCAUUGCCUCCAAAAUACCGCGCGACAGGACACCCAUUCGGUUUGCACAAUGCAUGGACAUGGAUUUCGCGUAUCAUGAACCUGGAACCAAGGGAGACGGUCACUGCGACAAUUUUGUUCGAUUUCUUGGAAGUUGCUGCCUAUGCAAUGAAGCAGAAAUAUGGGAAACAGUUCCAAAAGCUAUUAAGAAUGCUUUAUGAAGAUUUUUUGCCAAAGAUCGACGACAUCACUGAAUCAGAUAAGAAAGGACCUGUUGUGAGGCUGAAGACCUUUAUACAAAAAUGUGCAGAAACUGGAUCGGUUCCAGUUCCCCAGGGUUAUCUUUCAAGUAGAUGGUGGAAUGGCUAGUUGAGCAACUCAAGGCUAACAGUGCGUCUAAAACAACGCGAACUCAUAUAUAUCAACAAAAAAUUUCUAAAUAUCGUAUUGGAACUGACAGAGUUUUUUAUUGUUGAAAAUUUCCAUCCAUUUUUAUUGCGAGAGUGAUAGAAAUCAGCAGAGCUUUCUUGGUUUCUGUGUCUAGUCAGUGAAUCAAGUAACGAUCUACAAGCAUUUAAAGCUCAGUAUUAGCCUCCCUUCCUCAUUAGCCGAAGUUUUCUUAAGCUGAUUGUUGGAAAGCCACAGAUUCCUGUCCAUUCCUCAUUAAGCCGCCAAAUCGAGACUCGAAAGAGACUGGGACUGUUUUAAAUUUAAGUAAAGGAACGUAGCAUAUACAGUUUUUAACAUUUUAAUUCCUAAGUUUACUAAACAGUCUUGAUAAUUGUCAUUUUUAUAAUUGUCCAGAAAACUGCCUCUCGAUUAUUAAAGAACCAGUUCGCUUUUUCCAAUCAUACUACCAAUUAGUAAUAAAAGUAUUUGAUAGUAAUUCAAGUCGUUUUAUUUAAGUCAAGCUACUUGUAGUGAUAAUGUUUGUAUUCUUGUUAAGAUCUUGCUCGAUUCUGUUAACGUCAUUCCUUUACUUACUUUGUAAAAUAUUUUUAUAGUCAAACAAAAGAGACGAAUAAAGUGUCAGAA